AUGGCCUGUUUGCUCGCUUCCUUUCUCGCUUCUUUGACUCCAUUCACUUCAUCGAGCGAUCGACGUAUUCUCUAUGUUCAAGCUGUGAUGUCGUUACAAGCCGGCUUCGAAGGACGAAGAUAUCGAUCCUUCGCCGUCGGUAACGGUAUGGGAUGCCGAAGGUGGGAUUUAGAUCUUGCCAUUUGCCGCCGAAAAUUUUGGCUGGCUCAUGAUGUUGACUUCAAGUCCGACUUUGAGUCCGAGCAGUCAGCUACUACGACUGGACACGAAGAAGGAGAUGUCAAUGCCCACUUGAUUCAGUUGCACCCCACUCAUCUCCAAGGAGGAGGUUACUAUCAAGUGCUGUCAGAAAGGAUCAGUUCAAAUAAGCUACUCUUUGUCGUUGGAAUGGAGUUGGAAGUUGAAUUGAGCUUGUUGUUUGUUGGUGGCUUGUAUCUCCAAAAGGCUGUUGGUCCCGGAACCCCUGGUUCACCCGCUCCCUUGCGUCUUGGAACCAACAAACAUCCUGAGCCGGGACAAAGGAGUCUGUUUGACGAGCUCGAAGUGUAG